CAGGUGGGACAGAGCAUGCAACAAGACAGGGAUAGAGUUGGACAUGGAGCCUCCGACGGGGACAGGAAAGACUCAGCCUCGCCACAGUCUAGACACAAGGCAUCUACUGUGAUUGAGAGCACGGCUGGAGCCAGUAAGGAGGUGGACUCUGGGCCUUCGCAGUCUGCAGGUGACCACACUUCUUCUAACCCGGUGACCUCAGAGCCAGAGAAAGCUGACCGCCCACUUUCCAGCAUGAGCCAUGAGCCAAAGUCACCAUCGUUAGGAAUGAUCUCCACGGCGACCCGUACCACGGCGACAGUCAGCCCCCUCACCCCGUCACCUCUUAAUGGCUCCAUCGUAGCCAAUGGAAGCCCCGCUACCCAGUCUGCUCACUCUGGAUUCGCUGCAGCCCUCCGUAAACUGGCCAAACAGGCUGAAGAACCUCGAGCUGCGUCCUCCAUCAGCAGUGAGUCCUCUCCAGUGUCCUCCCCGGCCACCAACCACAGCUCUCCAGUCAGCACACCCAAGAGGGGUCCCCUCGGUCCAGGGCCUGUCCUGGUUCCCCCAGCAGGCCACAGUGUGCCAAACACUCCACCUGUAGUCACCAUUGCUCCAACAAAGACUAGCAACGGCCUCUGGAGGAACGAGGGACGCCAGGCUGACUCGGGGCCUCGUGGGGCCAGCAGGGAACGUCUGGGUGCAGAGGGAAACAUCCCACAGGAAAAGGGUGGCCCCUCAGUCCCUGCCCACCUCCUGGGAAACCCCUAUGCCUUUGGUCUCACCCCCGGUGCUGUCAUGCAAGAUUCACGUUUCCAGCCCCUCAAUCUGCCCAGACAGUUGCCUAAUGCAGUGCCCCCUGGUCCUGUACCAGAAGAGUACCUCCGUGGUUUCCGGCCCUAUGCCACGACUGAGGAUGCCCUCCGCAUGCCCUCUUUGCCCUUGGGCCUUGACCCCGCCACUGCAGCUGCCGCAGCUGCCUACUACCACCCCAGCUACCUGCCCCACCCCUCCUUCACGCCAUACAGGAUGGAUGACCCAUUCUGCCUCUCUGCUUUGAGGUCACCUUUCUAUCAGUUGCCAGGAGGGGGAGCUUUACCUCCCAUCCAUCCCUCUGCUGUUCACAUGCACCUACCAGGGGUCCGCUACCCUGGAGACUUCACACACCCAUCACUGUCAGCACUGCAGUCUGAGAGGCUUCAGCUGGAGGAUGAGCUGCGGCAGAGAGAGAGGGAGCGUGAACGAGAACGUGAGCGCGAGAAGGAGAGAGAGCGAGAGGCAGAGAGAGAGAAAGAGCGGGAGAGAGAACGAGAGAGGGAGAGAGAGCGGGAGAAGGAGCUGGAGAGAGAGAGAGAGCGCGAGCGGGAAAGAGAGCGCGAGAGAGAACGGGAGAGGGAGAGAGAAAGAGAGAAGGAACUGGAGAGGCAGAAGGAGAGAGCACUGAGGGAGAAGGAGCUGCAGGCAUCCAAGGCCAUGGAGAGCCACUAUCUGGCUGAGCUGCAUGCCAUGAGGGGGCAGGAGGACCGAACCAAGCCUGAGAGACUCACCCCUAAUCGGGCUGAUAAAACCAAAGAGCCCGCCCCUCCAGCUCCCAAACCAGUCCCUCCAGGACUCCACUCUUCAAUGAUCCAAUCACAUCAUCCCAUCCCUGGUCUAAUUUCAGGCCAUGGCCUCUACAUGGGGUCCAGCACUGUAGGGACGGGGCUCACUGCCUCAAUUAUUGCCCAGAGGACCAAUGAGGAGGAGAGAUGGUUGGCGCGGCAACGCAAGCUGAGGCAGGAGAAAGAGGAUCGUCAGUACCAGGUGUCUGAAUUCCGCCAGCAGGUUCUGGAGCAGCACCUGGACUUGGGCCGACCGGCUGACGCACCAGAUCACAGGACAGACUCACACAGAUCCAUACCAAAUCACCAUGAAGCAGGAAGUCGGGACCUGCACCCUCACUUAGGCGCCCCUCCACCCCUCAUCUCCCCCAAACCUCCUCAGCCACCACGUGAACAUCACCCACCCACCACUCUGUGGAACCCUGCAUCUCUCAUAGAAACCACCUCAGAGUCCAGACGAAACCACGAGCCCUCAGGGAUGGGACACUAUGAGCUCAAUCGGCUUCCCCCAGGGCCUUCCAAAUAUGAGGAUGCAGCACGGAGGAGAGAAGGGGGCGCGAUGGAGAAGUAUCCCCCUCUGAGAGGUCCUCCAGGCCUGCCGGAGCCCAGCACAUUCCUUGCUGAUCUGGAGAAGUCCACCCAGACCUUUUUCAGCCAGCAGAGGGCAUCACUGUCCCUGUCUAGCCAGUAUGAACUGGAGGGAGCCAUGAAAAGCAAUGCUGGACUAAAGAGCAUCCAGGGACACCCAGGGCACAGUAGACAUGGACAAGGGCUGGGAAUGGUCGCUGGGACAGGGCUGGGACAGGUAGCCGCACUGGGGAUGAGUCCAGACACAAUGCUGAUCUAUGAUGAAUUCCUUCAGCAGCACCGAAGGCCUGUCAGCAAGCUGGACCUUGAGGAGAAGAGGAGAAGGGAGGCCAGGGAGAAAGGUUACUACUAUGAGCUGGAUGACUCAUAUGAUGAGAGUGAUGAGGAGGAGGUGAGAGCCCAUCUCAGGAGAGUAGCAGAGCAGCCCCCACUCAAACUGGAUGACUCCACAGAGAAAUUGGACUUUCUGGGAGUGUUUGGCCUGACCACGGUGGGCCGGCGAGAUGAGCUGGUGCAGCAGAAGAGAAGGAAAAGGAGGCGGAGGCUCAGGGAGCGCAGCCCCUCACCACCUGCCUUGCAAUCCAAACGCACACCUCCUCCUCCCCAGCUCAGCACGCGCUUCACCCCUGAGGAAAUGGACCGAGCACCAGAGCUGGAGGAUAAGAAGCGGUUCCUCACCACAUUCAAGCUGUCCCAUGUCACUGUUCAACAAAGGCGAGAUAAUGAAAGGGUGGUGGAGCUGCUUCAGGCCAUAAAAGAGAAGAGUGUAACCUUGGAUACCAUCAGACAUGCCCCUCAUCCACUGUGUAAGAGCCCUCCAGCGCAGAUAUCUGAUUCUUCAUUCGCCCAGCCUUCCUCUGAAUCAGAAGGCCACCACAGUGUCAGAACACAUAGCCCCUCCCCACAUUGCCCAGCGUCCCCCAAUGGUCAUCCAAAACCCCUUGGGGAGACAUUAAGACCAAAGGAACCCCCUUCUCCAGCUGUCUAUCCAGACAAGGCCCGGGGGCCCAGUGAGGGACCGAUGUCCAAGAGGAGCUCCAGCCUGCUAAACAGCUUGCGGCCCCCACUCCCCCUGCAGGCUAAAGAAGGCCUGCACAGCGUCAAUGGGCGCACCAAACCCUGGGACAGCUUCACCCCUGAGGAAUUUGCCCAGCAGUUCCAUGAAUCUGUGCUUCAGUCCACUCAGAAGGCUUUGCAGAAACAUAAAGGUGGAGCCACGGCGAUGUCAGAGUCGUCCCACCUCCAGGAGUCCUCUGUUCACUACAACAUUCCAGAGCUUCAGAGCACCCCUGGCCGGCUGCCGCAGCCACAUUCACAAUCUCACCCUCAGCCCAAUGGGCAGCACUUCUCUGUAGCCCUUCACCGGGAGGCCUCAGGGACAAGGGAGGACCUGUCUGGUCCAGAGGACUCUGAAGAGGAGGAGGAUGAGGAGGAAGAGGAGGCUCCUGCUUCCAAGUGGCAGGGGAUUGAAUCGAUAUUUGAGGCUUAUCAGGAAUACGUUGAAGAGCAAAGUUUGGAGCGACAAGUGUUGCAGAACCAGUGUCGAAGACUAGAAGCUCAGAACUACAACCUCAGUCUGACUGCUGAGCAGCUGUCUCAUAGCAUGGGGGAGCUGAUGUCCCAGAGACAGAAGCUGGCAGUGGAAAGGGAGAAGCUACAAGCAGAGCUGGAGCACUUCAGAAAGUGUUUGACGCUGCCACAGACACACUGGCCGAGAGGCAGCCAUUACAAGGGCUACCCUCCCAGGUGACCCCAACACGUUGACCUAAUGGCCCCCAGGCCCCUGGCCACCCCCCCUUUCAGACUGACACCCAGAGUUUAUUUUUCAUGGCCUGGUCCACAUGGCUCAAUGGAGGAGAGCAUGGCUGGUAAGAUAAGAUGAAUGAAUGAAUUGAGUGAAUGGAUGGAUGAAUGCACAAGGAGACAGGACCAUACAGUGAAGGACAGGCAGUCUUUGGAUUGUGGCCAGCCAGGGACUGUGCCACGAGCCACUAAUGUGUGCCAAUGUAGCCAACCCCGUGAGCAUGGGGCAGGAGUACCUGAAGAUCAACACAAACACACCCAUGCACCUGCUUUUCACACAUUCUUCAGUCCCCGCUGCUCUAUUGUUCAGUCCCUGCAUCCCUCACCGCCACAGCUACACAGACAAUCCUGCCAAUGAGGGAGCAGUUGCCCCAGGAGGGGUGUUGUCAAGAGAAUUGAAUGCUCCAAAGGCUUUCGGCCAGUCGGGACUGAUUUUUAUCACAGUGGCCACGUGGGCUUUUGAACUGGAAAAUGCACUUAAGAAUGAAAGCUGAAGAACUACCUGGUGGUACUGCGUUACAACAAAGAACUGUUCAAAUUAGGGAAGAACUUAGAAAAUGCACAUUUUUUGGAAAGAAUUAACGAAAUGUUUUAUUUCGAAAUAGAAAAUUUGAGAAUAAGAAUUUUAAAAGGUGCUUCAGCCUUGUAUUGUAUAUAAUAUGAAGACUUAAAAGAAUUUUGUAUGUUUUUAUUACUUUAAUCAUUGUUCUUUUAAAGAAAAAGCCUGCCAUUUUUAUAUGUUUAUGCUUUUUUUGGGUUGGAAAAGAAAGCCUUGCUUUUAGUGUUUGUAUUGCUGCUGGCCAGAACAGCUAAUUUUAACAGAGUGAGAGAGAACAGGAUACACUUCUCCUCUUACUCUCUCUUGACCCCGCCACAACCACCUCAUCUGGCAUCUGAGCUCAGCAAAGCUUACUUAGAGGUCCUGAGACGUGGCUCCUGCCCUCUCAUUCCCCUUCCUUUACAGCAACAUGUGUCUCUCUGUUUUAAUGCCCAUUAAUCCUCAGCUUCCCUGCUGCUGGCAUGACUAGUUAGUUUAUUCUCAUAAAGAAACAAGUUGAGAUGAUCCAGCGACAUUUUUUUUUAACUUGACAUACUUGAUUAUUUUGUAAAGACAUGAAGAGUCUCUUAAGCAGCCAGCUUAUGAAACUGGUUCUUGAUGCUUUAUCCUACCAUUGGACCUUUCACUUCACUUUGUAUGACAUCAUAUAGCAUUGGACUCAAGCAAAAUGACGGUUUGCAUAACGUUAUGCCUUACAAGCCCUUAUCAGCAGCCAAGAGAGGACAUAGUGCCAAAAGUUUAAAAAAAAAAAAAAAGGUAGCAGUUUGGAUUCUUAAUUUUAAAUUGAGUUGCAGUUAGGUAGCCAAACAGUCAAACCAGAAUGGCCAUCUUCCACUGCUGAAAUGCUUCAACCCCUAUCAUCUCCUUCCUGUGUUUACUGCAUUUUAGAACCCACACUAUCCAAGGUUGCCAAUAUAUUACGCAAAAAGUCAAUUCAAAAUGGGCAUUUCCUGGUACAUAUAACAUCAGAUAGGUUUGAUUUACCUGGCCUCAUACACAUUUACAAUCUCUGCCUCCCCUGAGAUUCAGCUACAGUUUUACACUGACUUUCUUCCCUGUAACUUAUGUUGCCUCAGCCUUAUGGUUGUAUGUGCGAUUUGAGACACCUGGGGCCAGCUAGGAGGUGCACAGGUGAUUCUUUUGAAUUUAAGGGGCUGCGCAAGUUACAGUGGUGGGACAGUUGGUGUAAAGAGUGGGGGAUAUGGUAUUUCAAAGUUCAAAAACUGUAAUGAAUUUAAAAAAUGUGCUGAAAGUCAUUUUUAAAAAAACUGAAGCACAGCCACCCCCCUGCAUACAGAUUAUUAAUAACAAGUGCCUCAAGAAUUUGGGAGCAUGUGAAUGAGUUGCAGUCCACACAACGGACAUUGUACACGUAACACCAGUGAUCAGGGACUUAACAUUUUAAAUCAAAGUGUCUACUUUAUGUCUCACACCUUUCAAAUAUGUGCAUGACAAGACCCGACACAGAAUUCCUUUAUCUAAAUGCAUCUCUGAGAACCAAUUUAAUCACCUUUUUAUAAAUAAGGCCCAAGCCAGUUUAGAUCAUCAGGUGGAUACAGAGCAUAGUCUGACGUUUUUACAGAGCUGAAGAGGCAUGCUGAGGUAAGCUGCCAAUGACCUGGGGAGGAAGGUGCAGUACAGUGAGCCCCUUACACCCAGCCUCCCUGUGUCUCUAACCCACGCACGCCCAUGCAAUAGCCCCAUUACUCAGUGGAGGAUGUCUAGAUGCUGUGAAAUCCUGUUUUUAAAAUGUACUUGUUUGAAUUCAUUGUAAUGUAAUAUAUUCUUUGUUGAAUGUAGUAAUUAGGUAUUUAUGAAUAUAUGGCUGUGAUUUCAGACAAAAAAGAAAAUAAAAUAUUUCAAAAAUG